AUGCUUUCAAUGAAAACACUUGAGAUUGUAAGGCACCAAACUAGCAUCUGGGCAGUAACGACUCGUAUUGCAGUCAUUGGCGCGGUUGUCUCAGCACCUGUCGCUCUUCCAUCAUCUACAAGAUACUGUAGUAUCACUCGUCUCAAAGAAUCUAAUUUUUGUCCUGAUGAUUUCGUCGGGCUUACGAUAUGCCUUCUUGGGGUUUUCAUCGGACUAAUCAUAAGCAUGUGCGCUUGCUAUGAAGUGUCGCAGAAAAAUUUCAAGGAUUUGAUCAGUUGGUUGAAGUAUCGCCCAAAAGAGGAGUGGGAAGAAAUUAUAGAUUCGCUAGCCAACGCUUUGGAAUAUCCACCCUACAAGGUGCAUCAUUUCAAGAAAAGAAGAGAUCAUUGCUUUCCAUAUAAGAUUCUGAAGAUGUGCGCUAACGUUCAUGUGGCAGUUUGGGGAGCUUCAAAUGCAAUCGAACGGGAUAAUGAUGUUAAAGAUUACAUACGGGGCGUGAGGGGAUUAAGCAAGAGUAUUAAAGUAGAUGACGAUGGAAAGAUCUCGCAGGAUACCAUAGAUGACCUGUUUCUGAACGUUUACCCCAUGCAGAAGGAGUUAAUAGUGAACGACAUUCAAAAUUGCACACCAAUUCCACUUUCGAAUGCUAGCAUUGAGCGGUGGAUUAUAUCAGAAUGGAUUUUAAUCUUCUUGGUGGUCUGGACUUCGAACCCGACACCCGAGAAUACGGGAGAUUAUCGAAAACAUCACUUCCAAAGCCGUUGGUGA